GUCUCUCUCUCUCUCUGUCUUCCUGGCUACUGUCCUGUCAUCGGCCUGGGUGUGGUUUUGCAGUCUGGUACCGUUAGCAGGAAACCAAGCUCCAGUCAUUUUCUUUUUACUGCGAAACAAAGCGGGGGGAAAAGCCAUUUUGAAGAGUAAAACGGUUACAGAUAGCCCUCCGUGCUUCAGCGAACUGCAGCUUUCACUUCCUCGAGACAGGAAGUCGUUUGUUUGGCGCCGUUGUUCUAAUGGGAAAAAGUUUUUUUUGUUGCUCUUGUUUAGCAGUCGUUUGAUUUAAUAACUUCGUUAUAACAACAUUGUUCAUAAAAAAACAGUCAAACACGAACGUAAACGCGACGUAAAAGAAAGCAAAGAUGCCGAAAACGAUUAGUGUAAGAGUCACCACAAUGGAUGCUGAACUGGAGUUUGCCAUUCAGCCCAAUACUACAGGGAAGCAGCUCUUUGAUCAGGUCGUGAAGACCAUCGGGCUGCGGGAGGUUUGGUACUUUGGACUCCAAUACCAGGACACAAAGGGGUUUUCUACAUGGCUCAAGCUCAAUAAGAAGGUGACAGCCCAGGAUGUGAGGAAGGAAAGUCCGCUGCUGUUUAAGUUCCGUGCCAAAUUCUUCCCUGAGGAUGUGUCUGAGGAGUUAAUCCAGGAUGCCACACAGCGGCUGUUCUUCCUGCAGGUGAAGGAGGGAAUCUUAAAUGAUGACAUUUACUGCCCUCCAGAGACAGCAGUCCUCCUGGCCUCCUAUGCAGUCCAGGCCAAGUACGCUGACUACAAUAAGGAAGUCCACGUACCAGGCUAUCUGUCCAAUGAACAACUGCUCCCUCAAAGAGUCUUGGACCAGCACAAACUCAACAAGGAUCAGUGGGAGGAGAGGAUUCAAGUGUGGCACGAGGAGCACAAGGGCAUGAUGAGAGAGGAAUCCAUGAUGGAGUAUCUGAAGAUUGCUCAAGACCUCGAGAUGUAUGGAGUCAACUACUUCAACAUCAAGAAUAAAAAAGGCACAGAGCUGUGGUUGGGAGUAGAUGCACUGGGUCUUAACAUUUAUGAACAGAAUGACAAAAUGACGCCUAAAAUUGGAUUUCCUUGGAGUGAAAUAAGGAACAUUUCCUUCAAUGACAAGAAGUUUGUUAUUAAACCAAUUGACAAGAAAGCCCCAGACUUUGUAUUUUAUGCUCCAAGACUGCGCAUCAACAAGCGAAUUCUGGCUCUGUGCAUGGGCAACCAUGAGCUGUACAUGCGUCGCCGCAAACCUGACACCAUCGAAGUGCAGCAGAUGAAGGCUCAGGCUCGGGAGGAGAAGAAUCACAAGAAGAUGGAGAGAGCCCUGCUGGAGAAUGAGAAGAGGAAAAGAGAAGUUGCAGAAAAAGAAAAGGAAAAGAUUGAGAAGGAAAAGGAGGAGUUGAUGGAGAGAUUAAAGCAGAUUGAGGAACAGACCAGAAGAGCCCAACAAGAGUUGGAGGAGCAAACGCAAAAGGCUCUGGAGUUGGAGCAAGAGAGGAAGAGAGCGCAUGAGGAUGCUGAACGCCUGGAGGCUGACCUGAAGAGUGCUGAGGAUGCCAAGAUGGCACUGCUGCAGCAGUCACAGAACCAGAUGAAGAACCAAGAGCACCUGGCCACAGAGCUGGCUGAUCUGACUUCAAAGAUUUCCCUCCUGGAGGACGCCAAAAAGAAGAAGGAAGAGGAGGCGAUACAGUGGCAGAACAAGGCUGUUUUGGUGCAGGAGGACCUGGAGAAGACCAAAGACGAGCUUAAGAAUAAAGUGAUGGCGUCUCACGUUCAGGAGCCCCUCAACGCUGAGAAUGAGCACGAUGAGAAUGAUGAGAGCAGUGCCGAAGCCAGCGCUGAGUUCUCGUCUGCCGUCACAUACAAGGACCGCAGUGAAGAGGAGCGCAUGACCGAGGCGGAGAAGAACGAACGUCUGCAGAAACAUUUACUCGCUUUAAGCUCAGAGCUGGCAAACGCUCGGGAUGAGGACAAGAAGACAGUGAAUGACAUCAUCCACGCAGAGAACAUGCGAGCUGGGCGAGACAAGUACAAGACCCUCAGACAGAUCCGGUCAGGAAACACCAAACAGCGCAUCGAUGAGUUUGAAUGCAUGUGAUGUUUGCACUGGCCGAUGCAAAAGCCCACACAGCUGCUGGGCCUUUCUGCCUGGACUGCAGUCCUGCCUCACCCAAGCUGUUUUCUCUGUGUGCAAAUAAAUCAGAUCCAUGACAUGACGCGGCGACACAGGCAUAGCACAAUGUACCAAACAUGGAUCUGGAAAAUUCCUUUUGUUAUUGUUUCUAACGUUUAAUUUAGGCAAGUCACUGGUUGAAAAGGGACAUACUGUAUUUUAUAGUUAAUUCCUCACAAAGGGGGCUAUGUAGCAUUUUCGUAAUAUGCUUACGGCUGUUACAUUUUUCUAUCACAAUUUCAGAUUAAAGACUUUAGAGACAAAUCCAAAUUUCAGUUUGAUGUUUCUGCUGUAUAGAUGCAAGCUGACUUUUUCACACAGUAAUAUUCCCCCAUGAUGCUGCUGCUGCCCUUAGUUUUAUAUGCAUAACAAAUUCACUGUUUCUACAUUAGCCAGCACAUUAUGAUAUGACUGAUGUCUGGUUGGAGCAUUCAUAAAGCAGUAUUAUAUUCUUCAAAUUUACUUUGACUGUAUUCACAACCUGCCAGCUGUUAACAGUAUUACAAUAUUUACACUCCAGUCACAGUGUGAUAUUUAAGUAUUUGUUAGUUUGUUUUUUUUUGUCUUUUUUGUCUGUUUCUUACAUUUCUGAACAACUUCAAAUCAGUUCUUUCAGUGUUAAUUUUACUGUUGAGGCUCAAAAAACUGAAUUCCUUAUUAUAUUAAAAUUUGCAUAGAAAGAAAAUUUAAAAAGUGUUUUAGAGCGGGAAGAAAAAAAUAGAAACCAAAGCUUUUACACCUUGUGUAUUUGCCAUGUACAAUUUUUUGAAACUGUAUUUUGUAAUGAACUUUGUACUAUCCACAGUUUAAGUCCCUAAAAUGCUUCAUUAUAACCGAAGGUUGCAUUUCUGUUAUAAUGUACGUAAUACAAAUCUGACAUUUUACCUGCAAAACACAAUCUACUUCCUGUCUACAGAUAUGAUCCAACUAGACAAUUACAAUGUAACUGUCACAUGUCAAGUUGGCUUCUCUGAGUUAACAUAAGCCAGUAGAAGUUGUAGCUGAACUGCUCUCUCCUGUGGUUUUUGUUUACCCAACAAAAUCUUCCCAGAAUUGAAAACAGAAAUGUAACAUAAUGGAGGAGUCAAAUUAUAUUUGACAGACAUAUUUUACAUUACCUCUGGUAAAAAAAAAACCACACCAAGCAAACCAUAAAUUCUCGGGUUGAAACAUGUUUUUCAUCAGCAUGCAUGCACAUGGCUUUUAAUUGGCAUCACGUUAAUAUUUUCUGUCUGCUCUAGUAUUGUCAGUGAUGGUCCAUUAGCAAUUAGCAAGGUUAGGUUUUUUAGUGAUCCUUAGUUUUAAAACUUGUAACAGUGCUCAGUAUUAUAUAAUUCAUUCAUUGGAACAUGGAUUUCAAGAGAGACCGAAGUAAAAGAUGCAAUAUAGAAAUCUCCAUAACAUUAUCAGUGACAAUUAAAACGUUUCUUGGUUUGUUUUAUUCUCGUCUGUGACGUCUAAAUUCACACACAGGUAACACAGGGUUAAAAAUAAAUACAAAUACAACAUGACAGCCCAACCACAAUGGGAAUGGUGUUAAUUAAUCACCUGUUUUAAUAGCUUCACCUGGGUGAUAUUUUUUUUCUAAUUUUGGAGUGAAAGCAUUUACAAUGUUUCAAUCAUCAUAUUAACAAGGCUAAUAUUUGUUUCCUGGCAUCAUGUGAGGUUGAAUGUUGCACCGUGUUUUUCUUUUCCUUCACAAAAUCUUCCUAAAAAUAAAAUCAAAAAAAAAAAUCAUGAAUGGCUGGAGCAAUGGAGAAGCAGAGACGCCUCACACCACAUACGGUCCUAGAAGGGCAAUCAUUUCCAAUGUUCAUUUUGAUAUACUGUAUGUAUUCAGUAACAUUUGUGUAUUUUGUAAUUGGGAUUUUUUUUUUUGGGAGAUGAUAAAAUUAUACAACGUGCAAAAAUGACACUGAUGAGGAUAUUUUUGUAUCAAAAGACUAGACGUAAAAAUGAAGUGCAUUUUGAAAUAGAGUAUUUUGUUGUUAGAUAAAUGAAUAGUUGACUGCUGUGGUUGUAAGCUAAUGUAACACCUAAAAGCCUGUGACAGAAAGAAUGAAGGCCCAGAUGUUUAUGGUGUGUUUGUAUGAAGAGGAACCAAAACAUUCUGCAACUACAUGUGCCAUUAACAUUGGUAUUCAGCCAUGUAAACAGUUUACUUGUUCACGCAAGUGUUUAGAAGUGAAAGAUUUAUUUGGAGGUUUAAAAUAAUGUAUUUGAAUGAUCCAUAUCUCUUUUUGUUUUAUUUUGAUCUUUUAAUUGAAGUAACAUUUGUCAUUUGUACCAGGAUGCAGUGUUUUAGUCCAUUGUGACGUGUUAGUUCUUGUUUCUGCAGCAAAAACAGAAAAACUGCAGCUUUGACAGCGUGUAUGCCGCUGCACUGAAUGAUCUACGUGAAACACCAGGUGUUGACAGCCCACCUGUAAGGGUUCCAGUGUCAUUUCAAGUGAAGUCAGUUUGUGAAAAAGAAAUGUAUUAAAGGCUGUUACUCAAUAACUGGUCUGUAAACAAAAGGACUGAAACAUGAUCAAUACUGUAAAAUGAUAAACAGUGCCUUGCCCUGGUUAUUCUUCAGAUCUUGCUGCUUAAACUCUUUCUCUCAUUAAUAAAUAAAAGUCAAAUUGAACUGCA